UUUUAAUACAACCGCGAUAUAAUCUUAUGUACUACCAAAUAUUAUCAUCAUGGUAUAGAGUGAUAAUAUUUGCCUCAAAAUUUUGUUUUAGAAUAUAUCAAAAUAAGUUUCUCAUUUUAAAAAAUGAUAAAUCUAAUUUUUUCUGAGUAAAAAUAAUUAUUUAUAUAUAUAUAUAUAUAUAUAUAUAUAUAUAUAUGGUGACUACUUCGGUGCACUCACAAAAAUGAGUGCGUUCAAUGCACCCAAUUCAAAAACUGGUCUUAAAGUGUCAUAUUUUGAAUUUUAAUUUGUAGAAUUAGUGUAAUAUGAUGAUAUAACAUAUGAUAACAACUAAUUAGCCGAUUACCCUAAGCCCUAGAGCUCCAAUUUGAGUUCUAUUCCUAAAUCUCAAAUUGUAAACCCUAACCCUAAUUCUAAAUCUCUAAACUUUAAAUCCUUCAAAUUAAAGUAAAUCUUUAAUGGGUUUUGUGUAAAUUCAUGUGUGUUAUUGUUUAUCACAUUAUAAGUGAUGAUUGAUAUCAUUUUGACAUAAAUCGAAUGUUUAAAAUGACGAUUAUGAAGCGAGUGCACCCAAAAAAGUGAGUGCACCGAAGACGCCACUAUAUAUAUAUAGUUUUUGAACACCAACAUAUCAUAUUGGUCGUCGAAAAAUGAAUUUCCAUAAAAUAUAUACAAAAUAUAUGGUGCCGAUUGUCUUGCGCACAUUGUUUCGUUUUUGGGAUGGAAAUCAGGCCAUCAAUAUUUUCUUGCCCACACCAACACCAAACCUACUACUACUGCCAUAAUUACUAAAAAUGUCCAGCUCGCUCGCUAGCCGUCUCCCUCCCAUUUCUCUAUUCCUUUUUGCCCAUACUUUUCCUCUUUCCCCACGCACUAUAUAAUCUACGUAUAUAAAUCCAAUCGAGAUGCAACACAACAUUCAGAAACAAACGAGCUCACGCUUUCGUCUCGAAAGUUCUUUUCUGUGGUCGCUAAAAGCAAUCAAUCUAUAUAUAGCAUUAUAGCGACGAAAAGAAAAAAUAGCACAAAAUGGGUCGACCUCUUUCUGCUCCGUCUGCCUUGGCGCCGUUUCUGUUCCUGACGGCGUUUCUAAUAAGCGUCGCCGUUAGUGGAGCUGCGGCGUCGAGGGCGGCCAACGCCACCCUGCCGGCGAUUCUGAUAUUCGGCGACUCCAUCAUGGACACCGGGAACAACAACAACCUGGCCACCAUCAUCAAGUGCAACUUCCAGCCCUACGGCGUGGAUUUUAACGGCGGCCCCACCGGCAGGUUCUGCGACGGCAAGAUUCCCUCCGAUAUCAUCGCUGAACAAUUGGGAAUCAAAGGCAGCGUUCCUCCAUAUUUGGACCCAAGUCUCCAGCCCAAAGAUCUAUUAACUGGAGUCACCUUCGCUUCAGGAGGCGCUGGAUUCGACCCUAUAACCGCAAAACUAGUGGCAGUUGUGUCACUGAGCCAACAACUCCAAUACUUCGAAGAAUACAUCGCCAAGGUGAAAUCAAUUGUUGGGGAAGAGAGGGCAAACUUCAUCAUAGGUAACGCCUUGUAUCUAGUGGUUGCCGGAAGUGAUGAUAUCGCAAACACAUACUUCACUCUUCGAGCGAGGAGCAACUACGAUAUUCCUGGUUAUACCGACCUCAUGUCUGAUUCUGCUUCGAAUUUUGUUCAGGAAAUAUACAAGUUGGGAGCCAGAAAGAUUGGGGUGUUCAGCGCGCCUCCGAUUGGGUGCGUGCCAUCGCAAAGGACUGCCGGCGGUGGACCUAUGAGGGUCUGCGCCGAUAACAGUAACCAAGCAGCCAUUCUUUUCAACUCCAAGUUGAAAUCAAAGUUGGACUCUCUUCAUCAGAUGUUACCCAAUUCAAGAGUCGUCUACAUUGAUGUCUACUCUCCCUUGUUACAAAUCAUUCAAACCCCUACAAAAUACGGGUUCGAGAUUUCGGAGAAAGGAUGUUGUGGAACGGGUGCAGUCGAGGUGGCUAUACUGUGCAACAAGUUCACUCCACCUUGUCCAAAUGUCAAUGCACAUGUAUUUUGGGACAGUUACCAUCCUACUGAGAAGACUUACAGGGUUCUAGUUACAGAACUGCUGGAUAAAUAUUCGAGUGACUUAUUGGGUUGAUCCAUUUUUAAGUUUAAUUUUACAAGAAAAGCAAGAGCUCGUCAUUAUUGUACCAUUAUCGAUACAUUCGAAAUUUUAUAUGUAGUAGAGAAAAAAAAUGGUCGUUUGCAAUAUGUUUCUGGUUGUUGACUACAUGUUUGGUUUGUAACUCUUUUUUUUUUCUUUUCUUCUUUUCUUCUUCUUCUUGUUGGCUUGCACAAAAACCUUGUCAUGGGCUAUGAGUCGUUUGUGCCCGCCUGCCCGGAGAAUGUCAACACUACACGAUAAAAAUCAAUGAAGCACAAAGCAAGAAUUUGUGCAUUGGUUGAUUGUUACAGUUAUUUAAACCAUUACAUUUUGAAUUUUCACGGUUUCAAUGAAAAUGCACGUUUAAUUUGAAUACACGCUAAGUAGCGUAAAUACAUAGUUUAAUUCUCA